AGAUGUUCCCCUUAGAUGUUCCCCGUGCAUGUUGUCUCUCUCCUCCUUUAUAGUCCUCUUCCACCAAUCCCAACUCUGCUACCCACACGCCGAGUACGCUGCUCUCCUCCAAUCAGGAGCAGGUCCUACAGUUUAUUGGUUGAACUGGAGGCAGCUGUGUAGAAGCUGUUUCCCUUCUCAGCGCCAUAUUGUGGGAAAGCAGAUGCAUAGAAUAAGUCUUAAUUCCAGUAACUUAGUCUAGUCCGAGUUGCUCCCCACAAGAAAUGUCUUGUUCAUUGAGACAGGUACUGUUGGAGGAGGAGUAGGUGAAUGGGAAAAUAUAAUGAGAUGUAGAACAAAUAGAAUUUGUAUGCUGAUAGGUCACUUGAAUAAGGUUGGAUAAACAGUUGGGUAUAGGGUCUAGGAGCUAUGAGUAAAGAGUUGGUGUUUGAAGCCAUCAGCAUGAAUGAAAUUUGUCAUAGAAAUGUGAGGAAUGAAAAGACAAGGUUAUAGAAAAGAUCCUUGGGAAUACCAACUUUUCAGAGGAGAGCACAGAAAGAAAGAUCUAGGAAGAUCAAUGGACUAAAGCGAAUGGAGCCUUAGUUUCUCAUGAAUUCCAGAGGAAGUGAAGAGGGGGUACAUAGUUUUUUAAGGCUUUACUCUCUACUCUUUCACUUUUGCUAUGAACUAUCAGACAAGAAGAAUGAAGUGGCUUGAAGGAAGAAUGAGCAGGAAAAGUUGAUGGAGUCCAUACACAGGGUGUUUUUGAUUUUGCUUAAAAAAUUUUAGAUAAGACUCUAAAUUUUAUACACACAUGGACAGAAAAUCUGUACUCUGCUGCCAGGGAAAUAGAAGACUGCUAUGUGACCUCUCACUUAUCACAUGAUUCUGCCUGGGAUGGUUGGAGGAAGGGGAUUUGAAGUGUGGAAUCAUUGCAGACCCGCUGGAGGGCAAUGUCUGAGCUGUAUUGGACAACAACCUGAAAAUUCCUAUUUCAAAAAAAAUUAAGGACUGCCUAUGGCUGUGGAGUACAAUGUCACUGGCCAUAAAACCCUGAAUGGAUCACUCAUAAUUUCUUCCUUCCUUUCAGAUAAAACUCAUGGUAAUAUUUCUCAGACAGUUCUUAGAUUAGGACUCGCUUUUGGUGCCACAAUUCCUCAUAAUGGCAACAUGGUAAUAGGGGUUGGCAAGUGCCAUUAACACCAUUUUAUCGAGAGGAAUCAUAGAAGCCUGGGAGUGAGUUGCAUAGUGUCAUGCACCAGCAACUCAGGGCACAGAAAUCACCUUCUCCCUCCCCUUCCCAAGUGGACAUGACCUAGAGAGCAGUAACCCCAUGUGGACAAACUUACAACUUUCAAAGAGUUUUCCCCAAGUCCUUAUUUAAUUUAAUGCUUUGCUGCCAACUUGUCUCAGUGUUCCAUUUCCUGUCCUGAAUUUAUCCCAAUGAUAUCUCCAAAGAUUCAGAACUUUGAUUACAAAUUUCCAAAUGAUACACGUGGCACCCAGAAGGCAAAGUACAUGAUGAUAGUAUCCUUUUUAAUUUGGUUGAAAACCUUUUUGAAAAAAUAUCAUUUUUCCACAUGAAAUUAAAAUUUUCCUGGAACAAAAUAAUCAUCAGUGUUCCACGCAGGCAAUGCCACUUGGAAAAGUAAAUGAGGCCAUUUGGAUUUCAAACUUCUGAGUCAUAUGGGAUGCCCUAACCUUUCUUUUUUGAAAAUUCUUUUCAUGAUACUUCAGAAGAUCUGUAGUUAGAGUGUCUUGUUUUUCCUUACCUAAUAGUAUAAUUGUUCCCACCUCAAAUAAGUUGCCAUCAUUCCUUUUCAGUCAUAUGACCACUGCAUUUGAGCUGGAUGUACAAUCUCCUUGUGAUCAGAGAGAUGCAAAUUAAAUUAAUCAUAACAUUUCAAAGUUUUCAGGAUGUUCUGGAAGCUUUCCCUGUCCUUGUUCCUGGUGGCCGUGCUGGUGAAGGUGGCAGAAGCGCGCAAGAACCGGCCGGCGGGCGCCAUCCCCUCGCCCUACAAGGACGGCAGCAGCAAUAACUCGGAGAGAUGGCAGCAUCAGAUGAAGGAGGUGCUGGCCUCCAGCCAGGAGGCCCUGGUGGUCACCGAGCGCAAGUACCUCAAGAGUGACUGGUGCAAGACGCAGCCACUGCGGCAGACGGUGAGCGAGGAGGGCUGCCGCAGCCGCACCAUCCUCAACCGCUUCUGCUACGGCCAGUGCAACUCCUUCUACAUCCCGCGCCACGUGAAGAAGGAGGAGGAGUCCUUCCAGUCGUGCGCCUUCUGCAAGCCGCAGCGCGUCACCUCGGUCCUCGUGGAGCUCGAGUGCCCCGGGUUGGACCCACCUUUCCGACUCAAAAAAAUCCAGAAGGUGAAGCAGUGUCGCUGCAUGUCCGUGAAUCUGAGCGACUCGGACAAGCAAUGAGCGCCCCGGGCAGGACGCAGCUUAGCACCGCGCGCCCCGGGUCGCGCCGCCGCCGCCUCUGUCUCUGUCCUCCGAGCUCACUCACACGCUGUCUGGUGUCCCAAGCACGUCUCCGGUGGGGGGGCUGAUGGUGUCCGUGUCACAAACGUGGACCGCAAGGGGAGCUUUGCUGAUAUGUUCCUGACCGACCUCAGGCCCCACCUGUGCCUCUGAAACCCAGGUGGUGGGUCCAGCCCGAAGGAAGGUGCUGGAAGCGACCACCGUCUUAGUGGUCAGGAAGGACCUUGCAGGUGUUGUGCUGUGAAUCCGGCAUUGAUGUUUCCACCAUGUGGAAAAGGGAGAACUUCUCUGGCCUCACCCAACACUCCAACUCACCCCUUUCCGGGGUUAAGUAAAGGAUGUUUCACUCCGCGUCCAAAUCUCCUGCUGGCCCCUGGACCACUGGGGAACCGACGGGUGGGCCGGGCUGGGGGUGGGGGCACCUUAAUUCUUGUGAUUCAAGGAUUCCCCUUGUCCACUGCUGUGAUUUGGGUGUCGACGUCCCUAAAGAUGUGUGCCAACAGCGGGGUCUCCUGACGAACCUGAUGCCAAGAAGAGAGCUUGAGCCACUUGGAUCAAAGUGGGCUUCCCUGGGAACCUUGUGCACGGCAGGCCACCUCUUCCUCCACUACCACCCCUUCUUCCAUAGCCCCCUAGUCCCCAUCUAUGGACUAAAGAUGAACUCUGAUGUGCAUGCUAUUAUUGCUGCAGUUAGAAUAUUAUCACACACAAUGUUUCUAUAUUAAGGCUGGUUUUAUAAUUGACUUAUAUUGUAAAGAGCUGUUAAAAAAGUAUUAUAGACCUAUCCAUGUAUUAUUUCACAUGUUUUGACGCUGGCUGUGCAGCACCAUUCCGAGAGAGGAGGAGAGCAGAUGAUGAUCUGCCCAAAAGGUGUUUUUACUCAGAAAUAAUGGUUGGUUAGCAAUUCAGUAUCUUGCACCUGUUGUAGAUUGGGCAGAGAAAUGGGAGGAGUCAUGAUUAUAGUUUGAAUACUAUUUCACUUAAGGUACUAAAAUAUUGCAGCACAAUGGAGAAACCGUUGAGAUGCAUGGCUGUAGGGGGGAAUUCAGUGGGAAGCUGUUAACCUGAAACUGAAAAGUACAGAUAAUGUUUAGGAGACACUUGUGGGGUGAAGAUAUAUUAUUUUCACUAACGUGACAUGAAGCAAAAAGAAAUUUUUUUGUGAUAAGAAAUAUUUAAAAAUAUAAGGAGUGUGUCAUUUUGUGGCGUAGGAUGAUAAAGGAUAAAAUAUAGAGAGAAUAGUAAUCUAGUUGAACUGUCCUACUGAAAGCAACUAGCUUCCCUUUUUUUAAAAAAAAAACUUUCAAAAGCAAACAUUAGCUCAGCUUUCAUUUUUAUAAUGAACUGUGAGAGUUCUCAUGUUGUGGUUUCAUGAUAUAAGGAAGUUGGCCUAAUUUAUUUUCCUGCAAAAUGAUACUAAUUUUGGGUCCCUUUGCUAAAUUGCCCCAGGAAGGCUUCCCUGUGAGUGGUGUUUAUGGAAUCUGACAAAUGUGAAUGAGAUGCCAUUGGUGGGGAUCAGUAUCCUCUAAAAGCUUUCACCGGUAAUUUCCAAGCAAGUGCUCCUGCUGAGGGAUCGGUUCUCUAGUGUGGGAGAGACCCUGUGCGGGCUGCUCUGCUGGCUGAGGCUUCUUAACACCAGGCAGUGACAGUCGAUCUAGACACAUUCACCAGGAGAACAAGGAUCGGGGUGCAGCAUGUUGGUGAAUCUGUUUCCUGUGUCUGCACGGCAAGUUUCAUUCUGCUGCAUUUAUAACACCAUGAGACCUGAAUAGAAUGUACUAUUGUAUAGGGGGCCCUGGCUUCAGCAAUGGGUAGAGGCAGCCUGGUAUCAGGAGGUAGAAUUAGGACGAAACCCUUGAGGGUUAGAACCUAGGGAUGGAGAGGAGGUCCAAGGUCAAAGCUGAUUUCCACCUUUAGUGGAAAAUCUCAAGAAAGAUUUAGUGGCAGGACAUGUGGCAGAAAAGAAGUGAAGGAAGGAAAUCCAUGUGAUCACAUGGAGGUGAAAUGAGUAGGAGGGUAAUGGACAGGAGUAUCCGACCCAACUGCCAAGCCAAGCUCUAUCAUUUUAAUGACACAGAACCCACACAGAUAGUGGAAGGAUUACGCUAAGAAUUCACAGAACACACACAUAAGCACACUGUCUUUGAACCCAAGUGUGGGUGUAGCAAUGGAAGCAAUAUGAUAUGCUGCAGUGUGAAGCUCCUUCUGGGGGUUAUUGUAUGUAUAAAGUUUACCUUAUAAUGGCUAAAAUUGUAUUUAAUUGUUUUUCUGUUUUGUUUAUAAAUGAAGAAAAGUUAUAAGUAUAAUGUAAUUAUUUUAUAGGUAUACUAUUAAAUUAUAGAACAAAUAAAGAUACUUUAGGAUUAUAUGUGA